AUGAGCUCGGCUACCUCGGUUAAGUUGGUGCUUUUAGGAGAGGCUGCUGUCGGCAAGUCCUCCCUCGUAAUGAGGUUUGUGUCGAACGACUUUCAGGAAAGCAAGGAGCCUACUAUCGGGGCUGCUUUCCUCACUCAAAAGUGUACCAUCGGUGAAAGAACAAUCAAAUACGAAAUCUGGGAUACCGCAGGCCAGGAGAGAUUUGCUUCUUUGGCACCCAUGUACUACAGAAAUGCCCAAGCGGCCUUGGUAGUCUACGACAUUACCAAACCAGCCUCGUUUAUCAAGGCCAGACACUGGGUCAAAGAGUUGCACGAACAGGCAUCGAAGGAUAUCACCAUAGCAUUGGUGGGCAACAAGUAUGACUUGGUUGCUGACGAGAAUGACGAUGAUGAUGACUCGUUGCGUAAGGUGAGCGCAGAGGAAGGCAAACUGUUGGCAGACGAAGAGGGCUUAUUGUUCUUUGAGACCUCAGCCAAGACGUCUCACAAUGUGAACGAUGUGUUUGUGGCGAUAGGCUCCAAGAUCCCCGAGGCCAAGCCGCAGGCUUCUGAGGCCACCAGGCCUCAAGAGGGCGGCAGAAUCGACUUGAGCGGCAAUGCAGCACAGAGAACCAACAACCAGAGUUGCUGCUGA